AUGGCGAUGCGAUUGGGUACGUCCAAGCGACUACUAACGCGCUACACAAAGAAGUUAGAAGCCAUUAUCAACCAUCUUAAAGGCGAGGAGUUGGAAACGCUUACCGCUACUCCACAAGAAGGCGAAGUACUCAGGAAUAACUUGCGCCAACUCAACGAAGGGAUAGGAGCAAUAAACGCAUCAACGGCUAAGAUAGAGCAGCUUCUGCGAGAAUACGCCACGGAUAUUUCAAGCUUGGAAGACGUGAGCCCAGAAGAAAAAAGUAGCUUCGAGGAAUACUCCGCAAAAGCGGAGGAGGUCCUUGCAACAGCAUUCGACUAUGGGGUGCUGCUGCAAUCUCGAAGGCAAGCAUACAGCUCCUGCGCAACACAUCCAGCAAGCAGCGUGACGUAUCCUCCUGCAGAAGAAACGACGGCUCAAGCACAAGGUUACAGGCAAGGGAAAGAGCUUCCACCUUUGCCAAUACCAAUAUUUCGAGGAAAUAUAUGGGAAUGGGACAAUUUUUGGGAACUCUUCAACACCAAUGUCCACUCGCAGCAGAUCCCCGACCUCUACAAAUUCAAUUACCUGAAGAAUGCACUUCGCGGCGAAGCUUACCAAGCAAUCGAAAAGUUUCAAGUGACUCCAGAAAACUACUCGAAAGCAGUCAAGUUCCUCCAGCACAAGCCAGUCAACCUUCUCGUACCACUGGAACUAGAAGAGUACCAGUCUGAAAACACAAAGGAAACAGAUGCAGGUGGUAGUGAAAUCACACCUACUACGAAGGAAACAACUACGCAUCCGUACAACCUUCGUCCAAAUCGUAAGAAAAACUAUGCCGAGAACAUCUUGAACACUGCAGUAUUACUUGUCACAAUGUUGGGACUGCUAAUCACAAAUGACGGAGUGAGGGGACAAAAAGUACCAGACCAAGCAACAAAGAUCACCAGAUUCAUAAAAUGCAUUCCGGGUGGAGUACAACUCAUUUCCGAAGUACAAGUGCCUUAUCAAGUAUGCGCUGAGGACUUUUGUAAGACAUUUGACUCGCCACACUACAACGAAACAGUAAGGUUCCCACCUAGUAUAGUGCUGCAUGAGCACAAGGUGCAAUGGAAACUCAGCAUCAAUAACGCUAUAGACAUAAUGGAAGCAAUGUGCCCAUCAGCACCAUUUUGCGAAUCGGUGGAUUGUCUCUUCUGUGCCUCACUCAUCUUCAAUCCAGAAUGCUGGCCGGUUGGAGCGAUAAUAGCGCUUACGGUGCUUCUAUACUUGAUAGCAACAGGUUGCUACGCUCUACUGUACGUUCCUCUAGUAGUAGGCAAACCGGUACGACUGCUGAUAUAUAGCAUCUACCUACUAUUGCGUCAUCUCAUCAAGUGCUGCAGAAGGACACAAGACCAACCAAGGCAGGAUAGAAGAAGAAGAAGAAAAUCGAUCGAACUGACCAGUUUGUUGGCCAUUUUUACGAUGAUGAGUAUGCACGUAGGGGUUGUGCACGGAUGCCAGAUGGUGAACAUAUUCAGCCACACAUCCACCUUGUGCACAAAUGAUGACAAAGGCCAAAUCUGUAAAGUGCAAGUUUCUGAAGUGCUCAAGUUGAACCCGUUCAAAAGGGAAGCCUGUUUCAAGUUAAUGCACAAUGAAACAACAAUCCACCAGAUAAGGGCCUCUUGGAAGAACUUACUUCUCACUUGCGAAAAGGUCACGGACUAUUUCACUCGCGACACAAGUUAUGAGAUCAUAGACAGUAAGCGUUGUCCGCAUGUAGGGUCGUGUGUCGGAAGCAAAUGCGCCCAAAUGAACAGUACCAGUCUCAUACCCGAACUCGCUGUGGGGAACGGGUAUCCAGGAAACACGUACUGCGUUGAAUCCUGUGGCGGCCCGGGGUGUGACUGUUUUUACUGGAGCUCCGGAUGCCUCUUCUAUCGGAUUUACUUGAAACCUGUCUCUUCGACAGUGUUCGAGGUUUUUCACUGUAAUCGAUGGGCACAGACAGUGGCCACUGAUUUCACCCAUUUCGACGCCAAAAGUGGGAAAACAAACGAGUUCACAGCUCUAAUGCCCCCUAACGUACCAGUCCAAUGGGAAAGCUUUUCUCUCACACUCAGCUCUGUGAGUAUGGCUCCAAUACCUCUGCUCCAGUCUUCAUUCAUAUCGAAUGGCAAUAACACAGCUCUCUGGGAUAAUCAAUUAAAGCCCGCUCUACGCUGUCCCACAAGUAAAGCGGCAAGAACACUACGGUGUGAAAUAUUUGAGCAGUGUACGUGUAAUCCCGCCGAAACGAAGGCCAAUUGCAAUUGCCUGAAUGCGCCGAUACUGAAGCAGUUCGAGGACUUGCAACGACGAAUGCCCGUAAUUUUACCAUCAAUAACAUUUGAGGAAUCAAUCCAUGGCGUCAAGGCAACCGUUAAGAACAUGCUUUCGACAGAAAUAAUCGUAACCCUACAAGAAGAUCUACGCACUAACCUCGUCGUAGACAACGACAUCUGUACGGUGGAGAACACACAAUUGAUAGGAUGCUAUAAUUGCGAAAAGGGAGCCUACGCAAAAAUCAAGUGUUUCGCCUCUAGGUCAAGCAAAGCAGAGAUCAUAUGUGAAGGAACAAGUUUCACGGCUCCGUGCGGCAAACAGGGAAUUGAGUCAGUCAUGAGAAUUAGUCCUACUCAAGCGAUGGUCCGCAUGAAGUGUUCGGUCUCAUGCGGAGAGGUGGUUACCACGUUUGAAGUCGGAGGAAUCCUCAAAUAUACAGCAACUUUCGAAACAAUGCUGUACAAGUGGCUUACGAGCAACAGCAAAAGCGCUCCAGCGGAAAUUCAGUGGCCCGACUUCUAUCAUCUAUUUGACGUAUUCAGCCAAUGGUAUAAAACGGUACUCAUAGCAGGAAUCACACUCAUCGCUAUGUUAGGAAUUACCUAUGCGCUAAUUUCGACUUGCGGACUCAGAUGCGUCGUCAUUCUAGCAAAGCUGAUGACCAAACCGAUACGAAUAUUCUACAAACUAGCGUGGAGACUCAGCGCUGCUGAACUGGAGGGAGAAACAACAUUCCUAAAGGCAAUCAUGAGAGUGGCAAGCUCACAAGCAGAAUUCCUCGAAACUGCUCUCGAAGCAAUCCUAAAUUCGCUGCACAAUCAAGUCAAGGUAGCAACAACCCAACGAACACAGUGGACGUCUCUAAUGGCCGAAGGAAACUUCGUACAAGCAACCAUCAAGGAACAGAUCAUGCUAACCAACAGAUGCUUACGAAGCGCAAUGAUGACCAAAGAAAAGGUAUUACGCCUUGGGACAUGGUACAUUCUUACGGACAGAAUCUACGAUCGUCAAGUGCAAGCUGGGCUAAUACCGCGGGGAAGAAAAUUCCAAUGGCUUGAAAAAGGACGCAAACAAGAACAUGAUGUCCAAGCCGAAUCAGUACUCAAAUUGGUGGAAAGUCUCAUGAGCUUCACCAAAACGACUAUAAACGGCAUGGAGGAUCAUUUAAAUAAAGUGGAAAAUCAAAUCAACGCAAGCAAGGAGAAGGAUCUUGUUGCCCAGUGCGUACAGCUGAAGGAACAACUCCAAAAACUUAAUUUAAACUGGGCGGAGCAAGUCCAACGCCUUCAACAAGAAAAUGAAGCAAGUCAAGAACAGAUCCGGCUUUUGAAAGAAAAUAUUCAAGAGCAAGAGGAGACCCGAAAAGAUAACUCCAAUCAAGAAUGUAGAUACAGUCGUCCUCAUUACAGCAGACGUUUGGUAGACGAAUUCUGUAUUUCUGGAGCAAGCCGCCGCAGCGAAUGA